UAGAAUAGCAUGGCGUUUCUAAAUCAACAACUGCCUUUAAAGUGUUCGAUGAUAUGUCUCAAAGACGUUCAAACGCGCAUCAAAUGUUCGACGAUAUGCUUCAGAGAGUCCAAAGCUCUUCAGAGAGCCCAGUCUCAUCCUCUUCUCAAGCUGAGAGCUUCCAAAGCUCUGGAUCUCGUCCUCGGCAACAGAAGCGACGACGAUGACGAUGACGAGGAGAGCAGCGAUGACGACGGACCCUUUCUCAUGUCCGGUGAGGAGAGGAUGGAGCUGAGAAGAAAGAUAAGGCAAGUGCUGGACUUGCAACCAGAGGUAGAGGAAGAGAUGGAUCCGGAGAAGCUAAGGAUGAAGGCGCUGAAGCUGGCGAGAGAUUACUCUCUUGUUGUGGAUGAGGAGGAUCCUGAUUGGCCGGAGGAUGCUGAGGGGAGAGGGUUUAAGCUUGAUCAAUUCUUUGACAAGUUCUAUAUCAAAAACGUCAAGAAGGAUGAUGCGGAUGAGGAUGAUGAGGAGGAGAAGGAGAUUGUUUGGAAGGAUGAUAACUACAUCAAAGCAGUGAAGGAUAUCACAUCCAGUGAGUGGGAGGACACUGUGUUCAAGGAUUUCAAUCCUUUGGUCAUCCUUGUUCACCAUAGAUACAGAAGGCCAAAAGAGAAUGAGAAGGCAAGGAUUGAAUUAGAGAAAGCAGUGCAGAUGUUUUGGGACACUGGAUUACCUUCACCCAGAUGUGUUGCAGUGGAUGCUGUUGUUGAAGAUGAAUUAGCUUCUGUUCUUAAAGUAUCAAAGUUCCCUGAGAUCAUCUUCACUAAAGCCGGCAAAAUACUUCACCGUGAUAAAGUUGUUCGGAGUGGAGACGAGAUAAUGGCAUUCUUUUACUAUAAAGCUGUUAGGCCAGCAUGUUUGGAGAAAUCAGCUGGGUUUAGGCUGCACUUCAAACACAAAAUGAGCAAUCUUGAAGUGUGGGAUGGAACAAUCUCUCAAAAGGAUUUCUAUGUUGCUCUUAGAACCCUUGUUGAAAGAUGGAAACAAGUUAAUCCCAGUCUUCCCCAGUGGACAUGGAUUCCUAGUAAAUCCACACUUAUGGGUUCUUCUUGUAAGGAAGAAGGAUAUUUAUCACUAGAGAAUAUGUAUGAUAUUGAUCGGAAUGAGGAGUGUCUCAUUGUAGACAGCUUCUCCGAGAGAGAAGAGACCGAUGAUGUCGCUACAUUGGUUCAUAGCACCAGUAAUGAAGCACAUAUUUAUGAUUUCCACAUUGUAUAUAGCUUUUCCUACCAGGUUCCAGUUCUCUACUUCCAUGGAUACCAAUCUGAUGGUCAGCCUUUAAAUUUGGAUGAGAUUGAGAAUGACCUUCCUCCUUCCUCUUCAAAAAUUCUAAGAGAAUCAAAAUGGACUUACAUGACCUUAGGGGAACAUCCAUAUUUGCAUCGGCCCUGGUACACAUUACACCCUUGUGCGACGAGUGAUUGGAUGAAGUUACUGCUCGGUGGCACGUCCAUGAAGGACCUUGAUAUCUCGGGCUAUUUGCUGUCAUGGCUAUCGGUGGUCGGCCAGGCGGUCGGAUUGAGUAUACCUCUUGAAUUGCAGCAAAGCAGCAGCAGCAGCAGCAGCAGCAGCAGCCGCCGGGGAGCUACGAAGAGCCCUACAGGCACCGAAGCAGUGGCGGCUCGAUCGGGCCAGUUAUCGCCGUGCUGGCCGUCAUCGCAGUGCUCGGAGUGAUCGCCGGAGUGAUCGGCCGACUCUGCUCCGGCCGCCGUGUCUGGGGUUGCCGGCAGUACGAUUUCGAGGGCUGGAUCGAAAGGAAGUGCGCUUCCUGCAUCGAUGGUCGCCUAGAUCAUCACCACCACCACCA